AUGGGUGAUGUAGCAGAUCCAGAAGUAACUGAUCUCCUGCAAGGAGUUCUCUUAGCACUGGGCCUAGUAGAAGAGAAAGGUAGAGCUGGAAAAAGGGGAAAUGUAGCUUCAGGGGCAAUAGGUGCCUCCUCUGAUAAAGAAACAUCUAGGGGAAUAACAGGAGAGACAGGAAUGAGGAGUGCUGGUCUCAUCAUAAGGAUUUGUGUUGCUUCAGGUGAAGAGAGAAGAGUAGUAAAUGGCACACUCAGUGCUCACAAGCAUUCUAUAAAGGCCAUUGAGAAUGAUUUUGGAGAUAUCUAUGACUGUGUUGAUAUCUACAAGCAGCCUGCUUUUGACCAUCCAUUGCUCCAGAAUCUUACUUUGCAGAUGAAACCAACUACUUCACUGCCAAAUGUCAACCAAGGCAAUUUCACCUCAAGGUUAACAGCAUCAGUGGGGAUGAUGAAGGAAAGCUGCCCAUCGGGAACGAUUCCUAUCUUGAGGAGGAAUCUAAGGGAGGAUUAUAAGUAUCUGCUAACACCAAGUCCCACAACUGGUGUUGUGCAUAAACUGAGAUUAGUUUGCAUGAACUGGAUGAUGCUCCAGUUUGCGCAGAUCAAAAUGGCAAGAGGCAAGUACUACGGCAGUGCAGCAGACCUGAACGUGUACGGCUUGUUGGAAGUCGGAGCUGAUCAAUUCAGCUCAAGUGCUAUAUGGGUGCUCAACGAUGGCGAUGGCCUUGGACCUCUGGAGCAAACCAAUGGCAUCACAGUGGGAUGGACAGUGAAUCCACCACUGUACGGUGAUACCAACACUCGCCUAUUCACAUUCUGGACUGCAGAUGGGUUUCAGAAACAAGGUUGCUACGAUCUUCAGUGCCCAGGAUUCGUGCAAGUUUCUAGGGACGUUCCUCUUGGCGGAACCAUAAGCCCACUAUCUCAGAUUGAUGGAACUCAGUACUACAUCAGGUUGCUGAUAUAUAGAGAUCCAGUGACUGAGAACUGGUGGCUGGUGAUGGGAGAGGAAGAGAAGUUGAUAGGUUACUGGCCCAAGGCCCUGUUCAGCACUAUGAUCGCCCAUGCUAAUCUCAUCAACUGGGGAGGCUCAGCGUACAGCAGCUCAGGGGAAUGGAGUCCUCCAAUGGGCAGUGGGAGGUACUGCGAGGCUGGGGAAGGGGAGGCGUGCUACUUUGGUAGAGUGAAGCUUGUGGGGGAGAGGAAUGUGUACAGAGCCGUUGGCGAUGAGGAGGUCAAGUACUAUAGCAGUGGGUGCUAUGACGUGGGUGAAUUUGAUGAUUUAAGCAGUGGAGGAGGACAGUUCUUGUUUGGAGGACCGGGAUAUUGUUGA